AUGUCUGAGUUUGCACACCUGGCUCACACCAUCCCCCCAGAUCAACUGCACAUGGAAGAACCGCAGAGUGUCAAGGCUAACAUCCUAAAACUCAUAGGGGAAAACACAGGAGUAAAUCUUCACAACUUUGAGCUAGGCAGGGAUUUCUUAGGUUACCAUGGGAAAAAAAAUUGCCGGGCAGUCACCACAAUCCUGGGUGCCAUGGAGUUUGGGCGCCGCAUGGACCAAGCUGCGAGUGCCGCUUCAUUGCGCACCUUCCUGGAUCAGGGCUACAACGAGAUCGACACAGCCUUCUACUACGCUGAUGGCCAGUCGGAGACCAUCCUGGGCGGCCUGGGGCUCGGGCUGGGCCGCAGCGACUGCAAAGUGAAAAUUGCCACCAAGGCCCUCCCAUUAGACGGACUGACACUGAAGCCGAAGAGUGUGCGGAACCAGCUGGAGACUUCACUGAAGCGGCUGCAGUGUCCUCGUGUGGACCUCUUCUACUUGCACAUGCCUGACCGCAACACCCCCAUAGAAGAGACGCUGCGUGCCUGCAAUGAGCUGCACCAGGAGGGCAAGUUUGUGGAGCUGGGCCUUUCCAACUACUCCUCCUGGGAGGUGGCUGAGAUCUGCACCCUGUGCAAGAAGAAUGGCUGGAUUCAGCCCACUGUGUACCAGGGCAUGUGCAAUGCUGUCACCCGGAUGGUGGAGAAGGAGCUGUUCCCCUGUCUCAGGCACUUUGGUUUGAGGUUCUGUGCCUUCAACCCACUGGCAGCUGGGUGGUGCCUUGGCACAGGUUACCCUGGGUACAAGUAUAAGGACAAGAACGAAAAAAUGCCUGUGAGCCGCUUCUUUGGGGAUAAGGUUUCUCCGAUGUACAUGAAUCGCUACUGGAAAGAGGAAUUCUUUGAAGGCAUCACCCUGGUGCAGAAGGCCCUGCAGGCUGCGUAUGGCUCCAACACCCCCAGCUUGACCUCAGCCACCCUACGCUGGAUGUACCACCACUCCCAGCUGAAGGUAACCCCGCUGUCCCACAUGUGCAACUUCUGCUCUGUAUUUUAG